AAAUGCAAUGACACUGUCGGUGUGAUCGAAGCUUUACCUCCAUUCUGCUGCGAUUUCAAUUGGGCGCUCGUGGCAUAUCCCUCUCGCGUCCUUUUAAUCCACGAGUCUUGACGGAAAAGCGCAGAGGCGAGGUGUAGGCACACAGCUCCUGGGAUGAAGUAUAUAAUCUAUUGGAAUUAAAACAGUGUGACUGCCGGAUUCAAAUAAAUGGAAUAUGGGGAAAGUCCUUACCUGUUCAUUAUGGGAUUUUGGGGAAUGCCAUGGCCUACAGGAGACAUCUUCUCUCUGAGUGGAUACAGGCAGUAGGUUUUCAGGAUGCGUUCCCUGAGGAAGACAGUGUUGUUGGCCAUUGUGGCAUCAGUGGUGUUGGUGGUGGCCCUCCUCCAUUCUUGGCCCACCCGGGCCUACACCACAGUGGAUGUCCGUCAGAGACCAGGGCCUAUAGUAGAGAGGCACCUGGAGGAGAGGCUCCCAGAACCGGACCAAAGAUCUGCCAACAUCCCCUAUCGCCUGAAGGAGAGUGUUGCAGGUCUGUUGGCACGUAACGGGUGCGUGUGUGAGGGUGAGAGUGGUGGGGUGAACCUGCCCUUUGCCCAGCUACUGUUCCCACGGGUGUCGGCACACCCCCUGCACACUGCUUUUGAUGCCUCUGAGCUGGAGGAAAUGAAAAGACGGAGGGCCAAGGAGUUCCAGGGCUUCCAGAUGAGGUCUCAGACUCCUGUAGAUAUGCUCAUUGUGGCCGAGGCCAACAAUCCUCUGCAGUACCCAACACAGGGGGUGGAAGUACGGCCGCUCAAAACCAUACUCAUCCCAGGACUUGCCUUACAAGACCUUCCCAGAGAGCUGUACACAGUCAACUUCACCUCCACCCUGGGAGCGUUAAAUGUGGCAGCGGAGGUUGAGGGGGUAAAGGUCAAAGGUGACGGGGAGAUGCACAUGACCCUGAUGAGCAGCCUGCUGCCCAACCUGAACCGGCAGUUACAGUUUGUCUCCUACACCAACACACUAUUCCACCCUAGUACAGCAGACACAGUGCAGUUUGAGACCGAGGGACACCAAGCCAUGUUCACCAUCAAGAUCCGCCAUCGUGUAACUCCAAAACUCUACAACACAGGACCCAAAGGGGAAUACAACAUCAGUGCCCUUGUUACGAUAGCAACCAAAACUUUCCUGCGCUAUGACAAGCUCCAAGAUCUCAUCGACAGCGUGCGACGAUACUAUCCCACUGUCACCAUAGUAAUAGCUGAUGACAGUGAAAACCCCAAGACUGUCUCUGGCCCCUACAUCGAACAUUACAUCAUGCCAUUUGGAAAGGGCUGGUUUGCAGGACGGAACCUAGCUGUUUCCCAGGUGACCACUAAAUAUCUGCUGUGGGUGGAUGAUGACUUCAUCUUCACGGCCAACACCAAGCUGGAGAAACUAGUGGAUGUACUGGAGAAGACCACCCUGGAUCUGGUGGGUGGUGCAGUGCGGGAGGCUACAGGCUACACUGCCACCUACAGGCAGACCAUCUCCAUUGAGCCAGGGGAGGAGGAGGAGGGCGACUGCCUGCACAUGCGGAGGGCCUUCCACCACAUCAUACAGGGCUUCCCAAACUGUGUGGUCACUGACGGGGUCAUCAACUUCUUCCUGGCCCGCACAGACAAGGUCCAGCAGGUGGGCUUCGAUCCCCGCCUGGCCAGAGUGGCCCACCUGGAGUUUUUCAUCGAUGGCCUUGGCUCGCUUCACGUGGGAUCCUGUGAUGAUGUCAUCGUCAAUCACGCCACCAAGAUCAAGCUUCCCUGGGUCAGCCAAUCAGAGAGUGACAAGACUUACGCCAAGUUCCGCUACCCACCAGCCUCCUCGGACGCCACACACACCAAAAACGGCCUCCUCUAUUUUAAGAACCACUUCCAGUGUUUGACUCACAAUUAAAUGUCAUGUUUUUUACCUGUAGCUUCUCCUCUCGUUCAAGAUUCCUGCUCUUCCUGAGUUGCCAAAGAAGCCCUCGGCCCGAUGUGUCCCAUCAGAUAAGAUUUUAGACAACCACAUUACAUGCUUCCCCUUAAAAACAGCCUUGCUUGUUUCACUCUAAAGGGAUUGUCAUCCAAACAGAGCAAAGCUGUCAUUUCUCUUAACUUUGCUCUUCACUUGUGUACUCUUGAUUAUAAACGCAAGGUAGAGAGAAUUUUAAGGCAUUUACAGUGCAUUCGGAAAGUAUUCAGCCCCUUUGACAUUUUCCAUAUUUUGUUACGUUACAGACGUAUUCUAAAAUGUAUUAAAUUGUUUUUCCCCCCUCAUCAAUCUACUCACAAAACCCCAUAUUGGGGCGGCAGGUAGCCUAGUGGUUAGAGCGUUGGGCCAGUAACCAAAAGGUUGCUAGAUUGAAUUCCCGAGCUGACAAGGUAAAAAUCUGUCGUUCUGAACAAGGCAGUUAACCCACUGUUCCUAGGCCAUCAUUGUAAAUAAGAUUUUGUUUUUAACUGACUUGCCUAGUAAAAUAAAUAUUGACAUAGCAAAAACAGGUUUUUAGAAAUGUUUGCAAAUGUAUUAAAAAUACAAAACUGAAAUAUGACAUUUACAUAUGUAUUCAGACCCUUUACUCAGUACUUUGUUGAAGUACCUUUGGCAACAAUUACAGCCUCUAGUCUUCUUGGGUAUGCUACAAGCUUGGCACACCUGUAUUUGGGGAGUUUCUCCCAUUCUUCUCUGCAGAACCUCUCAAGCUCUGUCAGGCUGGAUGGGGAGUGUCGCCUCACAGCUAUUUUCAGGUCUCUCCAAAGAUGUUCGAUCGGGUUCAAGUCCGGGCUCUGGCGGGGCCCCUCAAGGACAUUCAGAGACUUGUCCCGAAGCCACUCCUGAGUUGUUUUGGCAGUGUGCUUAGGGUUGUUGUCUUGUUGGAAGGUGAAACUUCGACCCAGUCUAAGGUCCUGAGCGCUCUGGAGCAGGUUUUCAUCAAGGAUCUCUAUUGUACUUUGCUCUGUGCAUUUUUCCCUCGAUCCUGACUAGUCUCCCAGUCCCUGCUGCUGAAAAACAUCCCCACGGCAUGAUGCUGCCACCACCAUCCUUCAUCGUAGGAAUGGUGCCAGGUGUCCUCCAGACGUCACGCUUGGCAUUCAGGCCAGAGUUCAAUCUUGGUUUCAUCAGACCAGAGAAUCUUAUCUAUUCCUUUAGGUGCCUUUUGGCAAACUCCAAGCGAGCUGUCAUGUGCAUUUUACUGAAGCGUGGCUUCCGUUUGGCCAUUAAGGCCUGACUGGUGGAGUGCUGCAGAGAUGGUUGUCCUUCUAGAAGGUUCUCCCAUCUCCACAGAGGAAAUCUGGAGCUCUAACAAAGUGACCAUCUGGUUCUUGGUCACCUCUCUGACCAAGGCCCUUCUCCCCCUAAUUGCUCAGUUUGUCUGGGUGGCCAGCUCUAGGAAGAUUCUUGGUGGUUCCAAGCUUCUUCCAUUUAAGAAUGAUGGAUCCCACUGUGUUCUUGGGGACCUUCAAUGGUGCAUAAAUUUAGUACCCUUCCCAGAUCUGUGCCUCGACCCUAUCCUGUCUCAGAGCUCUAUGGACAAUUCCUACAACCUCAUGGCUUGGUUUUUGCUCUGACAUGCACUGUCAACUGUGGGAACUUAUAUAGACAGGUGUGUGCCUUUCCAAAUCAUGUCCAAUCAAUUGAAUUUAAUCAAUGGAAACAGGAUGCACCUGUGCUCAAUUUGAGUCUCAUAGCAAAGGGUCUGAAUACUCAUGUAAAUAAGGUAUUUCUGUUUUGUUUUUUUAUAUAUAAAUUUGCAAACAUUUCGGAACCUGUUUUCGCUUUGUCAUUAUGGGGUAAUGUGUGUAGAUUGAGGGGAAAAACUAAUUUAAUACAUUUUAGAAUAAGGCUGUAACGUAACAAGAUGUGGAAAACGUCAAGGGGUCUGAAUAGUUUACGAAUGCAGUGUAUGUGCGUUUUGUGCCUCAAAUCUUAUCUGACGGCUUGCCACUGAGUCCUUUUGUUAGAGACAGAGAAGAAAAAUAUGCUGAAUUCCUAUCGAUGGCACAAUUGGUUGACUUUUUGGAAAAGGAAGAAGCAGCAUUAGCCGCUUGCUAAGAGAUCAGAGAUGUGUGUAGUCUGUCAUUCCCUUUGUACUAUACAGUUAGAGCUGGACUGAGCUCUAUGGGUCAGCCAAAUGGGGACUUAGGAUACUGAGGAUGGGAUUGACAGUCAGCAGAGAGGACACUUCUUAGCAUGUGAGAAUCUCUCAGACACAGCACAUGGAAGAUGAACACAUUCAAGACUCUAAAUGUGUGGUUAAUUCACCCUGGUUGGUUGUGCCAAAGGGUUUCCAGGUGGUUUGAGGUUGAAUUAUAUAUUUUGUUUGAUUUGUUUUCCUGCCCUUUACCAGUGGUGUAAAGUACUUAAGUAAAAAUACUUUAAAGUACUACUUAAGUAGUUUUUGGGGGGUAUUUGUACCUUACUGUUUAUAUUUUUGACAACUUUUACUUUUACUUCACUACAUUCCUAAGGAAAAUAAUUAUGUACUUUUCACUCUAUACAUUUUCCCUGACAACCAAAAGUACUUGCAUUUUAAUGCUUAGCAGUACAGGAAAAUGGUCCAAUUCACACAUUAAUCAAGAGAACAUCCCUGGUCAUCCCUGCUGCCUCUUAUCUGGAGGACUCAUGAAUCACAAAUGCUUCAUUUGUAAAUUAUGUCUGAGUGUUGGAGUGUGCUUCUGGCUAUCCGUAAAAAAAAAAAAAAGAAAAAAAAGAAAAUUGUGCCAUCUGGUUUGCUUAAUAUAAAUUAUUUAUACUUUUACUUUUGAUACUUAAGUAUAUUUUUAAGGAUCAAAAGUAAAAGUUUUCGACCACUGUCCCUUACCCAGAACCCUCUGUGUCACUGUCACCCCUGACUGGCCCAUGCUUGAGGAGAAUGAUGCUCAUCCAUCUGAUCUGGGAUCUAACCUCGGAACAAUAUCCCUAUUUCUCCUGGUCUGCUGCAAUAUGUCUAUCUGGGGUCUAUCCCACUCUGUUUUCUACUCCAAGCAUCAUAAAAAGGAACGCUUCUGUCCAUGCAUGCCUUUUAAUGGGAGUUGAGAUUGAUUGCAUUGUUACAGUGCCUUCAGAAAGUAUUCAUAUCCCUUGACUUAUUCCACAUUUUGUUACAGCCUGAAUUCAACAUGGAUUAAAUAUUUUUUUUCUCACCCAUCUAGAGUACACACAAUACCCCAUAAUGACAAAGUGAAAAGAUUUUUUUUGACAUUUUCGCUAAUUUAUUGAAAAUGAAAUACAGAAAAUAUCUAAUUUAAAAAAGUAUUCACACUCCUGAGUCAGUAGUUUGUAGAAGCACCUUUGGCAGCAAUUACAGCUGUGAGUUUUUCUGGGUAUGUCUCUAAAAGCUUUCCACACUUGGAUUGUGCAAAAUGUACCCAUUAUUCUUUUCAAAAUAAUUCAAGCUCUGUCAAAUUGGUUGUUGAUCAUUGCGAGACAACAAGUUUAAGGUCUUGCCAUAGAUUUUCAAGUAGAUUUAAGUGAAAACUGUAACUUGGCCACAUUCACUGUCUUCUUGGUAAGCAACUCCAGUGUAGAUUUGGUGUUGUGUUUUAGGUUAUUGUCCUGCUGAAAGAUGAAUUUAUCUCCCAGUAUCUGGUGGAAAGCAGACUGAACCAGGUUUUUCUCUAGGAUUUAGCCUGUGCUUAGCCCCAUUCUGUUAAUUUUUUUUAUCCUGAAAAACUCCCCAGUCCUUAACAAUUACAAGCAUACCCAUAACAUGAUGCAGCCACCACUAUGCUUGAAAAUAUGGAGAGUGGUACUCAGUAAUGUGUUGUAUUGUUUUAAAAACAAAAAGUGCUUUGUCACAUUUUUUGCAGUAUUACUUUAGUGCUUUGUUGCAAACAGGGUGCAUGUUUUGGGAAAAAUUUAUUCUGUUCAGGCUUCCUUCUUUUCACUCUGUCAAUUGGGUUAGUGUUGUGGAGUAACUACAAUGUUGCUGAUCCAUCCUCAGUUUUCUCCUAUCACAGCCAUUAAACUCUGUAACUGUUUUAAAAUCACCAUUGGCCUCUUGGUGAAAUCCCUGAGCGGUUUCCUUCCUCUCUGGCAAUUGAGUUAGGAAGGACGCCUGUAUCUUUGUAGUGACUGGUUGUAUUGAUACACCAUCCAAAGUGUCAUUAAUAACUUCACCUUGCUCAAAAGGAUAUUCAAUGUCUUUAUUUUAUUUUAUUUAGGGCACAGAGAGGAGGUAGUCAUUCAAAAAUCAUGUUAAACACUAUUAUGGCACACAGAGUCCAUGAAACUUAUGUGACUUGUUAAGCAAAUGUUUACUCCUGAACUUGCUUAGGCUUGCUAUAACAAAGGGGUUAAAUACUUAUUGACUCCAGACAUUUAUUCUUUUCAUUUUUAAUUAGUUAGUACAAAUUUAUGCAAACACAACUGCAUUUUGACGUUAUGGGGUUGUGUGUGUGUGUGAGCCAUUUUAUCUUCAGGCUGUAACACAACAAAAUGUCUAAAUACUUUCUGAAGGCACUGUAUAUGCUGCCUUGAACAGAAGGGUUGGUUUGACCAAAGUGCUCAUUUCUAUAUGGAAAUAAACACACAUUGAAAGAGUAAUGGUAAGAAUGACACCGUUUGAGUUUAGAGACUCAGUAAGGUACAGUAGAAACACUGUAUGAAUGAGUAUAACGCAGAAGGAAAUGUUUGGAGAGACAAUGUUAGGAUGACACACAGUGUGAUGAUAUGAAUGAUAAAGAAAUGGUCACGGUCACACCGAAGUACCAAGGCAGCAAAACAUUUUAUAUUGACAGUUCUUCUACCAAGGGUUGUAUCUGUGGUGUGGCCAUGCCCAUGCCGACAGCAGGAUCACAUGAUGUUAUUUUGUACCAUGACCACAAGAUGGUCCCCUUGCAUCGGAAUAUUGUUUCUUAAAAUCAAACAAAAUCAUUUCUGUGGACAGUCAUUUGUUAUGAACUACCACUGCCAGAAAUAGAUUAGAUAACUUUUUAUUUUGUCCUUUUUGAAUAGAGGAAUAUUUUAACAGAACAUUUUGUGUGAUAUGUCUGCUUUAGAUUUUUCCUCCCUGAAAGUGGAUGUUUAACACUCAGUGAGAUCUGAAUUCAGUCCAACUCUGAUUGCAGUAGCCUAUGUAGGCAGUAGCUCCUCUUCCAUGAGUAAUGUCUGUGACUAAUACCAGAGACUCCCCAAGCAGAUGCUUCCAGUUAUCAAUAUGAGAAGUGUUCUGCAUGUGUGUGGGGCCAGUAGUUCGUAAACAAAGACACUGCGUAAUGUAGGGUCGGAUUGAAUUCAACUCUCUGACUUAAAUUAGUUGAAGGGAUUUGGACAGUGAUUUCCAUUGUUCAACUGAGGAUGUUGGUUCAAUUUUUUUCUGCCUGCUUCUCCCUAGAACCACUGGUCUGAAUAUUCCAAUCUGACAGCUAUAAUCACAACAACCUGCUGCGUUAUAACUCUAUUUUCAUUUAAACAUGAUUGUAAAGUCUGAUAAAAGAUACCGUUGA